CGAAAGGGGCCCAACCCUCGACGCCCGCGCUCCGACGACCACACGGUCACGCGCCCGAGCCGCGCGUCGACGAACCCGGCGAAGCACUCGACGGCAGCGGAGAACGCGCGCGCGUUCGAGGAGAGCGGGAGGAGAAAACACCCCCGAGAGAGGGUCGGAACGAGGAUGUUGGGCACCCGGAUCACGUCCUUCGCUUUCGGCUUCGCGUGCGCCAGCGGCAUCUCCAUGUACAAGCUCAAGGAGGAGAUCUGGAGCAGCCACAAGAUACUCGCCGACCAGUGCGCCGCGACGGAGGCCCGGCUGUCCAAGCUGGAGAUGACGAUGUCUAAGCAGUGAGAAGCGCGGGAGUUCCAAGCGGGUUCGAGCGCGAGGACACGGCGUACCUCUUCGCGUGCAUCGUCGUCGACAGCUGUGUCUUUUCGCCGCCAGCCGUGUCUGAAGCCGGUGAGGCGAAGCGCCGCGCGACGUCCCCGGCGCCGUGGUACUCGCGCGCGUGACCGUGUUCUCGUUCCGGCUAGCCAGCUCGCGGCGGUGAGGUGGAGAUGGUCGCAUCUCAGUCGCGCGCGUAGACCACAGUAUUUCAAUAUGUCCAAGUUUGUAAAUGUGCUUCUGUUUCUAGUUC